UUCUCUUCUCUCUCCUCCCCCGGCCUUCUCUUCUCCCCUUCACCCUUCAUCUUCCCCCCUCUCCUCUCCAAUCCCGACCCCAAAAUUCCCCCCUCACCGCCGCGGAUCGCCUCCUCCGCCGCCCCGUCGAUGACUAUGAUGACCCCUCCGCCGCUCGAACAGGAGGAUACUGAGAUGCUCGUGCCCCAUCAGGAGGAGCUCGCCGAUGGGAAUCAGCCGAUGGAAGUAGUGCCAGCGGCGGAAACAGCUGCAGUUGUGGAGAACCAACCUGCAGAGGAUCCUGCAGUCUCCAGAUUUACUUGGAGGAUUGAAAAUUUCUCGAAGUUAAAUAUAAGGAAGCUCUACUCCGAGGUUUUCCUAGUUGGCGGCUAUAAGUGGCGAGUUUUGAUUUUCCCCAAGGGAAAUAAUGUAGACUACCUGUCUAUGUACCUGGAUGUUGCCGAUUCAGCUAUCCUGCAACAUGGAUGGGUUAGGUAUGCGCAGUUCAGCCUUGCUGUUAUCAACCAGAUUCAGAGCAAUUAUACAAUAAGAAAAGACACACAACAUCAAUUCAAUGCGCGAGAAAGUGACUGGGGUUUCACUUCUUUCAUGCCUUUAAGUGAACUCUAUGACCCAAGUAAAGGGUAUCUUGUGAAUGAUACAUGUAUAAUUGAAGCCGAGGUUGCUGUACGGAGGAUUGUUGAUUAUUGGAAUUACGACUCAAAGAAAGAAACAGGUUAUGUUGGUUUAAAGAAUCAAGGAGCUACUUGUUACAUGAACUCUCUUCUUCAGACUCUCUACCAUAUUCCACACUUUAGAAAGGCUGUUUACCAUAUGCCCACGACGGAGAAUGACAUGCCUUCUGGGAGCAUUCCUUUGGCUCUUCAGAGUCUGUUCUACAAGCUUCAGUACAGUGAAAAUAGUGUUUCCACGAAAGACCUUACUAAAUCUUUUGGAUGGGACACACAUGAUUCUUUCAUGCAGCAUGAUGUGCAAGAGUUGAAUAGGGUUCUCUCAGAGAAAUUGGAAGAUAAAAUGAAGGGAACUGUUGUGGAAGGCACGAUCCAGCGGUUAUUUGAAGGGCAUAUUAUGAAUUAUAUCCAGUGCAUUAAUGUGGAUUUUAAGUCGACUAGAAAGGAGUCAUUCUAUGACCUCCAGCUUGAUGUCAAAGGAUGUAAAGAUGUUUAUGCUUCAUUUGAUAAGUAUGUUGAAGUGGAGCGACUAGAAGGUGAUAAUAAAUAUCAUGCUGAACAGUAUGGUCUGCAGGAUGCGAAGAAAGGUGUCCUUUUUCUUGACUUUCCCCCUGUUUUGCAACUUCAGCUUAAACGCUUUGAGUAUGAUUUUAUGCGGGAUGCAAUGGUGAAGAUUAAUGAUCGAUAUGAGUUCCCACUUCAGUUAGACCUUGAUCGAGAUAACGGAAAAUAUCUUUCUCCGGAAGCAGACCGGACAGUCCGCAAUCUUUAUACUCUUCACAGUGUUCUUGUUCACAGUGGUGGGGUUCAUGGUGGUCAUUAUUAUGCCUUCAUCCGACCUACUCUCUCUGAUCAGUGGUUUAAGUUUGAUGAUGAGCGAGUGACGAAAGAGGAUGUAAAAAGGGCAUUAGAAGAACAGUAUGGUGGCGAAGAAGAGCUACCUCCGGCUAAUCCCGGCGUGAAUAAUACUCCGUUUAAGUUCACGAAGUAUUCGAAUGCAUACAUGCUUGUGUACAUUCGUGAAAGCGACAAGGAGAAAAUAAUUUGUAACGUGGAUGAGAAAGACAUAGCUGAACACCUUCGAAUAAGAUUGAAGAAAGAGCAGGAAGAAAAGGAGCUCAAGAAGAAGGAAAAAGCGGAGGCUCACUUGUAUACAAUCAUAAAGGUGGCCCGAGAUGAGGAUUUGUCAGAGCAGAUUGGCAAAGAGAUAUAUUUUGAUCUUGUUGAUCAUGAUAAAGUCCGCAGCUUUCGUGUCCAGAAACAGAUUCCCUUUAUGCACUUCAAGGAGGAGGUGGCAAAAGAGUUUGGAAUCCCUGUGCAGUUUCAACGCUUUUGGGUGUGGGCUAAGCGGCAAAACCAUACGUACCGUCCUAAUCGUCCAUUGACUCCUCAAGAGGAAGCACAGCUGGUUGGAAAUAUAAGGGAUGCAUCAAACAGAGCACAUAGUGCUGACUUGAAGUUGUUCUUGGAAGUUGAGCUCGGACUUGACCGGCGCCCACUUCCUCCCCCAGAUAAGAUGAAAGAAGAUAUAUUGCUUUUUUUCAAGCUUUACGAGCCAGAUAAAAAGGAGCUCAGAUAUGUGGGAAGGCUAUUCGUGAAGGCUCCAGGAAAGCCGUCUGAAAUUCUACCAAAACUGAACGAGAUGGCUGGCUUUGCACCAAAUGAGGAGAUUGAACUAUUUGAGGAAAUAAAGUUUGAACCAACUGUGAUGUGUGAACAUGUUGACAAGAAGCUUUCUUUUCGGGCUAGCCAGCUUGAAGAUGGAGAUAUUAUUUGUUAUCAAAAAUCACCUACACCAGAUAAUGAACAUCAGUAUCCCUAUCCUGAUGUGCCAUCAUUUUUGGAGUAUAUCCAUAAUCGACAGGUUGUCCAUUUCCGAUCACUGGAAAAGCCAAAGGAGGAUGACUUCUCUUUAGAGCUAUCAAAGCUGUCUACCUAUGAUGAUGUUGUUGAAAGAGUUGCUCAUAAACUUGGCGUGGAUGAUCCAUCGAAGAUCCGGCUUACAUCUCAUAACUGCUAUUCGCAACAGCCUAAACCUCAACCCAUCAAAUACCGAGGUGUAGAGCACCUGGCAGAUAUGUUGGUUCAUUACAAUCAGACUUGUGAUAUAUUGUAUUAUGAAGUAUUGGAUAUUCCUCUGCCGGAGUUGCAAGGAUUGAAGACUCUAAAAGUUGCAUUUUAUCAUGCAACAAAGAAUGAGGUGUCAGUUCACUGUAUCAGACUGCCAAAAAAUAGCACGGUUGGCGAUGUACUCAAUGAGCUGAAAUCAAAGGUUGAGUUAUCUCAUCAUAAUGCUGAACUCAGAUUGAUUGAGGUCUUUUACCACAAGAUCUAUAAGGUCUUUCCACUUACUGAGAAGAUAGAAACCAUUAACGAUCAAUAUUGGACAUUGCGUGCUGAGGAGAUACCAGAAGAAGAGAAAAAUGUCGGACCUCAGGAUCGCUUGAUUCAUGUGUAUCACAUCAUCAAAGAUCCGCAAACCCAGCAAAUUCAGAACUUUGGGGAACCUUUCUUCAUGGUCAUCCAUGAAGGUGAAACUUUAUCUGAGGUCAAAGUACGCAUCCAGAAGAAACUUCAGGUUCCUGAUGAGGAUUUCUCGAAGUGGAAAUUUGCAUACUUCGCACUUGGUCGCCCUGACUACCUUGAAGAUUCAGAUGUAGUGUCUAGUCGAUUUCAGAGAAAUGUUUAUGGACCCUGGGAGCAGUACCUUGGAUUGGAGCACUCAGACACUACACCAAAGAGGUCUUUCUCAGCUAAUCAGAACCGGCAUACCUUUGAGAAACCUGUGAAAAUUUACAACUAGAAAAGAAAAGGACAAAAUAAUCCACCGUUGGUACUCAAACUCAGCAACUUUCACCACCAAGCUUGCAGGAUAAGAAUCAACAAACUGAAAUACGUUUGAUCCUAACAAAAUUACGCAGCUUAUGAGGUUUAGUGGUGGAUUCGCCACGUAAUUUUUGUCGCAUGCUUUUAUUGGAGAGAUUACUUUGUAGAGUUGUGUCAUCUUCGUCAGCAGCACACUCCGCUUUUUCUAGUUCUAAGUUCUCUUUGUGUUUCUAUUAUGGGUUGGGGGGGUUUGGGGGCUUGAUUUGGUUGAGAUUUACCAAAUCUUCUUUCUAGUGUAUUUUAAGUACAUAAAGACGGGCUUUCUUUUUCUUUCCUCUUUUAUUUUUUUUUUUUAACCCCUUUAUUUUGUUAGGUGAUGUAUACAGGGUAUAGUUUUGUUCAUCUGGAUCUUGUUAACAGCUGCUUUCUGUUUUCUUGACCUAGUGUAUAGGGAAAUUCGGAGUUGUACUAUUAUUAUGGUUGAAUUUAUUAGGAGGCUAUUGCAAAAUAAGUGCAUCUCUCGUAUCUCAAAUCUAUGAAUUACUCAAAAUGGAAAUUAGGUUGGAAUCGUGUGGAAGUUAAAUCGGGUUGGCAUUGUUUAUGCUGAAUAAAAGUCGACUUUUGGUGA